AUGUCAUCUCAUUUGAAUAUGAGUGUGAGUCCUGGAACUAUCCCAAUGUGCCAUACCACAAACACAUCAGAAUUGGAUAGAAGCAUCAAAAUCACUGAGCUGGUUCUGAGGUGUGUGGUUCUGUGUCUGGGAUUUCUUGCAGCUGUUCUUGUGGCCACAGAUACUCAGCUCAAACAAGUCUUCUCUGUUGAGAAGAAAGCCAAGUUCACAGACAUGAAGUCCUUAGUUUUCUUCGUGGUGGCCAAUACGAUAGCUGCUGUCUACUCGUUAAUCCAAGGGUUGCGUUGUGUUGUGAGUAUGAUCAGAGGAAGCGUGCUCAUCAGCAAGCCCAUAGCUUGGCUCAUUUUCUCUGCUGAUCAGAUAAUUGCAUAUAUGAUGGUGGCGGCUGCGGUGGCUGCAGCUCAAUCGGCGGUCUUUGCUAAGGAGGGGCAAGCAGAGUUACAGUGGAUGAGAGUAUGCAACAUGUAUGGAAAAUUUUGCAAGCAAGUGGGAGAAGGGAUGGCUUGUGCUUUAGUGGUUAGCAUGAGUAUGGUGGUUCUCUCUUGUGUUUCUGCUUUCUCACUGUUUCGUAUGUAUGGUGGUCGUCACAAAGGCCCAACCAAAAUGCAGGUUGCUAGGUCGGGGAUUUGA